GGGGAACGUAAUGUCCGCUGAGCUCGCGGAACAGCAGGGGUGUGGCCGACUACGCCGCUUUGCAUCUCGGGAGUUCAGCUCACCAGCUCUUGCCCACCCAUGCCCGGCUGUGAACUGCCCCAGGGCAUCUGCCCGGAUAUGUGCCCGGCUGCCGAGCGCGCCGAGCGCGAAAGGGAGCGCCGCCUGCACCGCUUCGAGGUGGUGCCCGGGUGCUGCGGGGGCCCGCAGCGCGCCGACCCGCAGCGCGCCGUGAAGGAGUACCGCCGGCGGGCCGCCGGCAAGCCCCCGCCCCCGCCCAGCCAGCUGCGUCCGCCCUCAGUGCUUCUGGCCACCGUGCGCUACUUGGCCGGACAGGUAGUUGACAGCGUCGGCGCGUCUCGCGCGGAGGUGGCCAGCUUCGUGGCGGACCGCUUGCGCGCGGUGAGGCUGGACCUGGCCCUGCAGGGCGCUGGUGACGCGGAGGCGGCUGUAGUUCUGGAGACGGCGCUAGCCACGCUUCUGGCCGUGGUGGCACAGCUCGGGCCGGACGGGGCGCCCGGGCAGGUGGAUGCGGUGCUGCUGCAGACCCAGGUGCAGGAGAGCUUCGGUUCUCUGCGGCGCUGCUACGCGCAGAGCGGAGGCCCUCACCCCCGCCAGGCCACCUUCCAGGGUCUCUUUCUGCUCUAUAACUUGGGCUCCACAGAAGCCCUGCAAGAGAUCCUGCAGCUGCCUGCCACCCUGCGUGCCUGCCCAGCCCUACGCACGGCGCUUGCUGUGGAUUCCGCCUUCCGGGAGGGCAAUACUGCCCGCCUGUUCCGCCUGCUCCGGACCCUGCCCUACCUGCAGAGCUGUGCUGUGCAGGGCCAUGUGGGCCAUGCCCGUCGCCUCGCCCUUGCCCGCCUUGCUCGUGCGCUGAGCACCUCCAAGGGGCAGACUUUGCCUCUAGGCUUCAUGGUCCAUCUGCUGGCCCUGGAUGGGCUCCAUGAAGCUCGAGACCUGUGCCAGGCCCAUGGGCUGCUCUUGGAUGGAGAAGAGAGGGUUGUGUUCCUGAGGGGUCACUAUGCUGAGGAAGCGCUGCCGCCUGUGGGGACCUGCCAUGUGUUAGUGGGGAGUAAGCUCCAGGGGCGCACCCUGGAGGAGGUGGUCAUGACCGAGGAACAGGAUGAGGUGGUACACAGAUCGGUGACCCCCACAUGUGGAAGAUGUACCUCUUCUAGGGGGCUGGAUCAGAGCAAUUAGGUUUCUAUUUUCAUGAUACCCAGGUAAUAAAAGAAACUUGUUUUA